GCUCUCUCCAGCGCGCUGAAUCACAGUCUGGGUCAGUUCGCCGAAUGAUCGUCGCUCCAAAAGGGAGGACGCGUGCGCGUGUCGUGUUCUGUGAUCACAUGAGUGGAGAGCUGUUCGAUACGAUUUUGUGACUAGGAAGAUCAGUGUGUUGAAAAUAGUGUUGGUGAUACGAGGGGAAAAAUACAAUUCCGAAUUGCGGUCAGAGAGGAUAAUGUUCAAGCGCAUCGCCGUGAAGGCUGUCGAGGUUGCACGGAGCGAGACGAAGCUCAUCGAGGAGAGUAGGAACGCGUGACAGGUCUGGACGAGGCUCGAGGAAGAGGCCUCCGCGAGGAUCCCCGGGCGCAACGAAGAAGGAAGCGGCGACAGGUUGUGUCCCGUAGCGUUAGCCAGUAGAAUAGUAAGAUGCUAGUCUUCCCGGUGACUGAGGCGUCGACGAGGAUGGGAUGGAUGCUGUCGCAUCAACAGCAGCUUCGUCUGCUCCUGUUGAUCCUGGUGCUGUUGUCUCCCCGUUUGCCGGUCCGCUCCACGCCGGCCGACAUAGUACAAAGGUUUCACGAUCCGGAGGUGAAGCGUAUGAACCAUUUAGUCGUGGACAAGAACACAGGCCGGGUGUACGUGGGUGCGGUGAACCGGCUGUAUCAGUUAUCGCCGGACCUAUCGUUGGUGGUGAAAGAAGUGACCGGUCCUAAGGGUGAUUCCACGGCAUGCUCGAUGAUAGAUUGUCCCCGGGAGAUGCCAACGAGGCUGGUGGACAACGUGAACAAGGCGUUGGUGAUAGACUACACGACCACCAGGUUGAUAUCGUGCGGUAGCCUGUCGCAGGGCACCUGCACGGUCAGGAAUCUUCAAAACAUCUCGGACGUGGUGCAAGAAGUGAAGGAGGCGGUGGUGGCGAACAACGCGACCGCGUCGACGGUCGCCUUCAUAGCACCCGGACCACCGAAUCCCCCCGUCUCCCAGGUAAUGUACGUGGGCGUGACUUUUACAGGGAACUCGCCGUACCGAUCCGAGGUACCCGCGGUCAGUUCCCGUUCCCUCGACAAGGACAGGAUGCUGAACAUCGCGGAAGCCGCUGUCACCACCGGCACCAGGAUGUACAUAAACUCGUUGGCCCGCGAGAGAUAUCCCAUCAAUUACGUGUACGGAUUCAGCAGCGGCGGUUUCAGCUACUUCAUGACCACCCAGAUGAAGAACACCGAGACAGCGAUAUACAUAUCGAAGCUGGUGCGGGUAUGCCACGACGACGAGCAUUACUACUCGUACACCGAGAUACCGAUCAACUGCACCAACGACGGCAUAUAUUACAACCUCGUACAGGCCGCGUACGUGGGUAAAGCUGGAUCGGUACUGGCCGGUGAUUUGGGGAUCACCGCACAGGACGAUGUGCUGUUCGCAGUGUUCGCCGAGAGCAACGGAACCAACAGCGACUCGCCCAAGGAACAUUCCGCGCUGUGUGUCUACUCGUUGAAGGCUAUCAGGAGAAAGUUCAUGACCAACAUACAGAAGUGCUUCAGCGGCGAGGGACAUAGAGGAUUGGAGUACGUCUCUCCCAGUCAUAAGUGCAUCUUAACGAAGCUGCAGACGAUCGGCGAGGAUUUCUGUGGUCUGGAUGUGAACACACCUCUGGGUGGAGAGGAUCCAAUGGAAGGGUCGCCGGUGCUCACUUUCAAUACCCAUCUGACGGCGGUCGCUGCCACUUCGACCGGUGACUACACGGUCGUCUUCGUGGGCACGAACAAGGGUCACCUGAAGAAGGUCGUGGUGGAGAGUUCGACCCUGGCACUGGAGUACGGCGACCUGGAGAUCGAUCCAGAUUCCCCGGUGAACCCGGACCUGUUGUUCGAUUCCCAGCUGAUGCACCUGUACGUCAUGACAGAGAAAACGGUGUCCAAGGUUAAAGUGCAAGAAUGCUCGGUGUACAAGACCUGCCUCGACUGUCUGGGAGCGAAGGAUCCUUACUGCGGUUGGUGCUCGUUGGAGAACAAAUGCAAUCUUCGGAGCGAUUGUCAGGACGCUGCGAAGGAUCCUCUCUAUUGGAUCUCGUACAAAAGCGGCAGGUGCACGACCAUCACGACCGUCACACCGGAUCAGCUCCAACGCACGACCGCCAGAACCCUGGAGCUGGUGAUCGAGAAUCUGCCGACGCUAUCCGGACAAUUCCUCUGCGCUUUCUCCACCCUGGACAAAACUCUGAUCACGAACGCCUCGAGAAAAUCCUUCGGAGUGAAUUGCACCACGCCGAGAACCGACUUAUUACCUCCGAUCCCGCCGGGACAGCACCACUUCACCGCGAAAUUAUCCGUCAGGAUGACGAACGGGCCUGACCUCGUCGACACAAAUUUCACCUUCUUCGACUGCAACACCUACAGCUCCUGCACCCAGUGCGUAUCCUCCAGCUUCCCUUGCGACUGGUGCGUGGACGGGCACAGGUGCACCCACGACACGGCUGAAAAUUGUCGGAAUGACAUAUUAGUCACAGGAGUUAGCAGGAUGGGCCCAAGUUACAGAAGCGGUCCAGCUUUCUGUCCAACGUUGAAUGCAACCGGUUCCCCGGAGAUCCUGGUCUCUUCCGGCGUGAAGACAGUGAUCAAAGUCAAAGUGCACAUCAUCGGGCAAUUCAUCGUGCAGACACGGUUCGUGUGUCAGUUCAACAUAGAGGGUCGUGUGACCAGUGUGAACGCUCGUUUACUAGCCGACACGAUUUACUGCGAGGAAACUGAAUUUUCCUACACAUCCCGUGCGGCGAACAUCACCGUGCCUUUCGCUGUGAUCUGGGGCGGUUCGAAGCCCUUGGACAAUCCGCACAACGUUCACCUGGUGAUCUACCGUUGCCGGGAUAUGGCUGAGAACUGCGGAAUGUGUCUGGCUCUCGCGCCUAAGUACGAUUGCGGAUGGUGUCAGAGCACUGACAGAUGCGAGGUGAAGGACAACUGCGAACGAGACGCAAGCAUGUGGUUAAACAGCAAUCAGACCUGUCCGAAUCCCGAGAUACGCUCGUUCGAGCCGAUGAUGGGGCCUUGGGAAGGUAACACGAACGUGACCAUCCGCGGCAUCAACCUGGGCAAAACGUUCAAGGAUAUCUAUCGUGGAGUCAUGGUGGGUGGAAUGCGAUGUCAGCCUUACGCAGAGCUCUACAUCCGAACGAAGCAGAUAGUCUGCCGCGUGGAUGGACCCGGUACGAUGGAAGUUAAAAAGCGAGGUCCAGUGAUCGUGAAGAUCGAAGACUUUAGGGGUCAGUCAGAGCACAGCUUCGAAUUCGUAGAUCCUCGAAUACUUUCCAUAUCCCCGAAAUACGGUCCGAUGAGCGGAGGUACCACGGUUAGGAUCACUGGAAACUAUAUGAACGCUGGUAGCACAAUCGAGGCGUUCAUCGACGAGCUACCUUGUUCGAUAAUUAGCGCCGAGAUGCACGAAGCUCUCUGCAUGACCAGCGCCAGUAAUCGUACCAGAAACGGCGUCGUAAAGAUGACGUUCGACGGUGCGUUUCGAAUCUACGAUGGCUUUUUCGAGUACGUAGACGAUCCGAAGAUCGAGAGCGUGGAGAGCGGUGUCGCGGGUCAGAUGAAGAUUCCGAAAGGCAUUCCAGCCGGUGGCAUUAAAAUCUCAGUGACUGGAAAGAACCUCGGUUACAUCCAGAGUCCACAAAUGUACGUAUACUACGACGAGAAAAUGUUCGUAUCCCAGUGCGAGGUUCACAGCCAGGAGAGCAUGAUCUGUAAGUCGCCUACCAUCGAGGUUCCCGAACACGUGGUGUUGGAUGCUGAAAAGCCAUUGUUGCUGGAGUACGGUUUCCGCAUGGACAACGUGACGGGCGUGCAGAACCUGUCGCGACACGGAUUCCAACACUUUUUACUCUACCCGAAUCCCAUUUACGAGGUGUUCGACGAGGAGAUCAAGUACUACAAGAGCGACUACCUGACCAUCAACGGGCAACAUCUCGAUCGUGCCUGCCAGGAAUCGGACGUGACCGUGCAGAUCGGCAACGCGUUCUGUAACGUCACGUCUCUAUCGAGGCAGCAGCUUACCUGCAGACCCCCUCUGACCCAACCGCCGGCCAUCGACGCGUACGGUUCGCCGAACAAACAGGAACUGCCGGAGGUGAUCGUGAUCGUAGGCGGUACGCUUCGUUACAAUAUCGGGAAACUGAGCUACGCACUGCCAGCCGGUCUAAACGGGCCCUUAUCUAAACCGGCUCUGAUCGGCGUAAUAGCCGCCAUAGUGAUCCUUGUGUUCGUGUUCAUCGCCUUCCUCAUUGCCUACCGACGCAAGUCGACCGAGAGCAACCGGGUAUUGAAAAACAUGCAAGAGCAGAUGGACAUUCUUGAGCUUCGCGUCGCGGCUGAAUGCAAAGAAGCAUUCGCUGAACUGCAAACCGAGAUGACUGACCUAACGGGCGACCUGACCAGCGGAGGAAUACCAUUCUUGGAUUAUCGUACCUACGCUAUGAUGAUACUGUUCCCAAGUGACGAUAACAGCCCGGUAUUACAAUGGGAUAGACCAGAAUUGGCUAGAAAGGAAAAAGGAUUGCGUCUCUUCGGGCAACUGAUAAUGAACAAAACUUUCUUGCUUCUCUUUGUACGCACUCUGGAGAGUAAUAGAUACUUUUCCAUGAGGGACAGGGUGAACGUGGCUAGCCUUAUCAUGGUCACGCUUCAGAGUAAGAUGGAGUAUUGUACGGAUAUUUUGAAGACCCUUCUUGCGGAGCUGAUAGAGAAAUGCACGGAAGGAAAGAGUCAUCCAAAGCUGUUCCUCAGACGAACGGAGAGCGUGGCUGAGAAAAUGUUAUCAGCCUGGUUCACUUUCCUUUUGUACAAAUUCAUGCGAGAAUGUGCCGGAGAACCUUUGUACGUGCUGUUUCGAGCUGUGAAACAACAGGUUGACAAGGGUCCCGUUGAUGCCAUCACGUCUGAAGCAAGAUAUUCGUUGUCAGAAGAGAAGUUGAUCAGACAGUCAAUCGACUUUAAGCCAAUGACGGUCUAUGUAUCAAUAUCUCAACAAACAGUAUUCGUCGGAGGUAUGGAUCCAAACACGGAAAACGUCCCCGUGAAGGUACUAGACUGCGACACGAUAUCACAAGUGAAAGAGAAAGCAUUGGAUACGAUCUACAGGGCAACGCCUUACAGCCAAAGGCCCAGGAAAGAUGAUCUCGAUCUUGAGUGGCGGACUGGGGCAUCCGGUAGAUUGAUCCUCUACGACGAAGAUUCGACGACAAAGACGGAAGGCGAAUGGAAGAAACGGAACACAUUGAAUCAUUACAGGGUACCAGACGGAGCCUCGCUCAAUUUAGUUUCCAAACAAUCAUCGAUCUACAAUCUGUCGAUCCUUUCGGAGAAGACGGACAAAUCGCACAAAUACGAGACCCUGAAUCUUAGUAAAUUUAGUUCAGCUAGCCCUCCGCUAUCACGUGCCACAUCGCCGUUGAAUCAAAAUCACGACGGCGGAUUGAAGUGUUGGCAUCUGGUGAAACACCAUGAUUCCGACGUGCGAAAAGAAGGAGAUCGUGGAAACAAAAUGGUCUCGGAGAUUUACCUAACGAGGUUACUAGCAACUAAGGGUACACUACAAAAAUUCGUCGACGAUCUGUUCGAAACGAUCUUUAGCACUGCCCAUCGAGGAUCGGCUCUUCCCCUCGCAAUAAAAUACAUGUUCGACUUCAUGGACGACCAAGCUUUGCAACACGGCAUAUCUGAUCCUGAAGUGGUUCACACAUGGAAGAGCAACUCCCUUCCCCUUAGGUUUUGGGUAAAUCUCAUCAAGAAUCCGAAUUUCAUCUUUGAUAUACACAAGUCGAACAUCGUGGACUCGUGUCUGUCCGUAGUCGCUCAAACGUUCAUGGACAGUUGUUCGACUUCGGAUCAUAGAUUAGGUAAGGACUCGCCGAGUUCUAAGCUGCUUUACGCAAAGGACAUUCCAGUGUACAAAGAAUGGGUAGAACGUUAUUACUCAGAUAUCAAAGGGAUGCCAGCCAUAUCCGAUCAAGACAUGAACGCUAUGCUUGCCGAAGAGUCUAGGUUGCACACGACGGAAUUCAACACGAAUUGUGCCCUGUACGAGUUGUACACGUACGCGGGUAAAUACAACGAACAGCUGAUAGUCACCCUAGAGGAGGACGAGUUCUCGCAGAAACAGAGAUUGGCGUACAAACUCGAGCAGGUACACAAUAUAAUGGCGGCGGAUAACCCCUGAUGUACCAUGAACUCUAUGAAACAUAUGACAAAGCCCGCCCGCCAAGAGUUACCCUGCUGAAUACUCGACCGAAGUUAGGUAUUCUCAAGGAAGCACCAAGAGGACUGGCCUAUCUUGUAAUCGAUCGUCUCAGGUUUCCGUGCAAGCCAGUUAACUCAGCUUAGUAUGCGAAUUAUCCGAAGGAAGAAGAAAAUUGCACAACGGACCGAUUCAAGUUCCAACGGGGGAUGUUAUAAUUGUAUACACGAGGACUUGAGUGUUUUUUCUUUGUGAACAAAGUCUUCUGAAUCAUUUGGUCGCUGGCUUAGGCCAGGUGUGGCGAUGAUCGCGGCGCAUUACCCACGCAUAAUUGUACAUAAGAUACCAAAAUCACGAUUAACUGUAAUAGAAUUAUUGAUGUGCGUUCGCCACCGGCCGGCGGCCACAGCCACACAAAUGAAAAAACUGAGAAAGAUAUGCAAAAGGAAAAGAAUUUCUCGCGCGUCAAAUCGUGUCCAGGAUCUUCUACUCCAUCGCGUGUCGCGAUCGUUGGAUAGAAUUAAAAAUGAAAUGAAAAAAAAAAAAAUCGAAGUAAUAGAACAUUAGUGAUAUAAGUGAGUGAACGAAUCAGCCGAUCGAUCCGAUAAAUUUGUAAAUGUGUUUUUUGAAACGGUCGAUCACGACCGUCGCUAUAUCGGGCCAUCGGCGAUUUUUAACGAAGAAACAUUUCCAUCCACCGCUACUAGCUGAAAUUUUUUGAAUUACGAACUGACGAAUUUUAAUAAAUAAGAUUAAUUAACGAUUAACAAUGAUUAAUUAAACAAUAUGGGUAUAUUAUAUAUACAUGGAUGGUAUGUCGUAUGUAUAUGUGUACAUAUAUACACUUUAUACCGGCGCAAAAGUAUGUGUGUAUGUAUAUGCAGUAUCCGGAGAACGAGCGCCCGUACAGUAUCGGCGAGGACGUCAAAUUAAUUUCUCAUGACAUUUUAAUCAUCGCGUAAGAAAAAAAAAAAAAGAAAAAAAGAAAAAAAUUAGAACGACGUCGUAACAGCAAUUUCCUCGUCCAAUUUCUGAACAUGAGAGCCUUUGCCAGUCGAACAUAUCGCCGUACUGUACGAACGCUAUACAUUACGCGUAUUAUUUAUACUUACAUGCAUCCAAAAGGAAAAAAAAAUGGAAGGAGUCAUCCGCGAAAUCGGGGACAGACUGUGUAUUAGUUGAUAGGUAUUAAUCUAUGGACUAUGGCCGUGCGCGAGGCCAGCUCGAUGUGACGGUUGUGUUGAGUGUGCGUGCUUCCCCUCCUUGGUCUCCAGCUCAUUGUCCCAUUUUACCAUUAAUCGUUCGUUCUCAUUGUCGUGCAUCCAUCAUCCCGAUGUUCACACCUUUAUCAUUGUCGCUAUUUCAUAUUCAUCGAAAGAAGAAGAAGUUAAAAAAAAAAGAAAGAAGGAAACGUCAACUCCCCUUGUCCUCGUGUCAUCAUUAUUACCUCUCUAUCUCUUUAUAUUACAUGUAGUAAAGAUGUUCCAUUAUCGGGCGCCUCUUUCUCUACUCUUUCUGAUCAUCCUAAGAAAUCCACAUUUGUGCCACUCUCUAUCUUCUCCCUUGUAAUGCUUCAACGCCUCCGUCGUCAUGUUGUUGUCACUCUUAAUUAUUGUAAUAUAUAAUGAAUAACGAUCACUGUUGAGUAUUGUCUGAUUGUAAUACAUUGAUAUUGAAUUGAUAUGAAUUGAUAAUCAUUAAUUAAAAAGCGUAACAUUAAACUUUGUGGAUGUAGCCAUAUUGGUAUGGGUGGAAGUUCCACGAAAAAUAUUUAAAGAAAAAAAAAAAAA